UCGCUUGCUGCUGCUGCGCUCGGUGAAGAACUGAAGAUAAGAUACAGUCCAGCGAGCAGCUCCCACCUCGCCGCGUCGGCUUCCCAUGUCCGCCGCCGCCGCCGGUGCCGUGCUCCCCUCCCCCGCCCCGACCAGAUACUCGUCCGCCGGUGGCCAGCAUGCCACGCUCACGGCAGACCUCGCGGCGGCGCUCCUGGCGGGCUGCGCGUCCGCGCGCCGCGCCUCCGAGCUCCACGCCGCGGCCGUGCGCGCCGGCGUCGACCGCGACAAAGCCGUCGACUUCCGCCUCCAGCGCGCGUACGCCGCGUCCGGCCGCCUUGACCUCGCCGUCGCGCUCCUCCGGCGUUCGCCGGACCCGACCGCCGUCUUCUAUACCUCCACCAUCCACGCGCACUCCUCCCGCGGCCUCCACCUCGCCGCGCUCGCGCUCCUCUCCGACAUGCUGUCCCAGGGCCUCCUCCCCACCACGCAUACCCUGUCCACCUCCCUCCCCGCCUGCAACGGCCGCGGCGGCCUCGCGGUCGGCCGGGCGCUGCAUGGCUACGCCGUCAAGCUGGCGCUCUCCGGCGACUCCUACGUCGCCACCGCGCUCCUCGGCAUGUACGCGCGGGCGGGGGACUCCGCGGCGGCGCGCGCGCUGUUCGACCUGAUGCUGCCGGACCCGCACGUCGUGUCCGUGACGGCCAUGCUCACCUGCUACGCCAAGAUGGGCGCGCUCGACGACGCGCGCAGCCUGUUCGACGGCUUGCCCAAGAAGGACUUCAUAUGCUGGAACGCCAUGAUCGACGGGUACACGCAGCACGGGAGGCCCAACGAGGCGCUCAGGCUGUUCCGGCGGAUGCUGAGGUCGGGCGUCGAGCCUGACGAGGUCUCGGUCGUGCUCGCGCUCUCCGCUGUGGCGCAGCUUGGCACGACAGAGUCCGGGAAGUGGCUUCACUCGUUCGUGAAGAACAGUCCUCGAGUUCGGCUCAAUGCCAGGGUCGGCACGGCGCUCAUCGACAUGUACUAUAAGUGCGGGAGCUUGGAGGAUGCCAUUGCAGUGUUCGAUGGCCUGCACGACAAGGAUAUCGUCGUGUGGAACGCCAUGAUCAACGGCUAUGCGAUGCACGGGCAUAGCAGAAAGGCGAUUGAGAUGUUCAAUCAGUUGCGGGCACAGGGCCUCUGGCCGACCGACAUCACAUUCAUUGGCGUCCUUAAUGCCUGCAGCCAUUCCGGGCUGGUUGACGAAGGCUGCAAGUUCUUCAAGUCAAUGGAGCAGGAGUACGGCAUUGAGCCCAAGAUCGAGCACUACGGUUGCAUGGUCGACCUCCUCGGCCGAGCAGGGCUCAUAGAAGAGGCAUUCGAUCUUGUCCGGAGCAUGAAGAUCAAGCCUGACGCCGUCAUGUGGGUGUCGCUCCUCGCCGCCUGCCGGCUUCACAAGAACAUGGCGCUGGGCCAGCGGAUCGCCGACUAUCUCGUCGCCAACGGUCUCGCCAACUCCGGGAUGUACAUCCUGCUGUCCAACAUCUACGCGGCAGUCGGGAACUGGCAGGAGGUGGGGCGGGUGCGGUCGAUGAUGAAGGCGAGCGGCAUCCAGAAGGAACCCGGGUGCAGCGCCAUCGAGAUCGGGCGGCAGGUCAUCGAGUUCGUGGCCGGCGACACGAGCCACCCGCGCACCGACGAGAUCUACGCCAAGCUGGAGGAGGUGAAUGUCCUGGUGAAGGAGCAGGGGCACGUCCCGCAGACGGAGCUGGUGCUGCACGACCUGGACGAGGCCACCAAGGAGAAGGCGCUCGCGGUCCACAGCGAGAAGCUCGCCGUCGCGUUCGGGCUCAUCAGCACGCCGCCGGGGGCGGCGAUCAAGAUCGUGAAGAACCUCCGGGCCUGCGCCGACUGCCACGCCGUGCUGAAGCUGGUGUCCAAGAUCACCGGCAGGAAGAUCGUGUUCCGGGACAGGAACAGGUUCCACCAUUUCGUCGACGGGGCCUGCAGCUGCGGGGAUUACUGGUGAUGCGCGGGGAGAGUAGGUUGGGGAGUUGAUUCGAUUAGAUGGAGUUGUACUCGGUUUGUACAGCACUGGGGCUGUUGUCGUUAGAUUUAACCUGUUAACAUGAACAGCUCUUAAACCAUAAAGACCACGUACACUGUCCUGAACGGGAA